GCGGGCCACCGCCGACCUGGAGCGUUUCUUCAACUACUGCGGCCUCGACCCCGAGGAGGUGCGGGACAUGGGGGCUGAGCAUUUUGCCCGUGCCAGCUCCGACAUCGUGUCCGUCAAGUUUCACAGCGUCAGCACGGCCAGCUCGGAGGGCGGACGCUCCCCCCGCAGCGCGGCCACGCCAGAGGGCCGCCCAGCUGAGCGCAUGCCCUACGGCAUCUCGGUGGUGGAGCGCAACGCUCGCGUCAUCAAGUGGCUGUAUGGGCUGCGCCAGGCCCGCGAGCCCAGCAGGUCUCCAACGUGUAGCCAGGCUGCUCGGCUGCACGCAGUGCUGAUGCUGGGAGGAGAGGAAGCACCGUCCCGUGCUCCCCAGGAGGGCAGCGGGGCCAUCCCGGAUCCCUGAACUGAGCCUCACUCCCCAUCCCCCUGUGCUGCAGCUGCAGAGCAUGGAUGCUGUGCGUCCUCCUGGGGAGCGCCUUGCUUCCUGAUGGACUCGGCUCUGCAGGACCCCCACCAGCACCUCGGUACCCCUGAGCCUGCGGAGUGCAGGGGACACAGUUGCACCUGACCGUGUGCUGCUGGCUGGGCUGCGGGUGCAUGGUACCUCCUUUGGGGUCCCGGCUUGAGGGUCUGCAUUAGCAGUGGGGCCUCCUCUUAGUGGCCACAGGUUGAGGUGCUGUGCCCCAGCAGCUUCAGCAGAAGGGGACAGAAUCCUGGUGGUCCCCGUCAGAGCGCUGAGCAUCCUGGAAGGUUUGGGUGCUCUGCAGGGAGGAAAACCCGAGAUCUCCUUGGAGAAGCUCAAGUCUGUGUAUGUGUGUGUGUGUGUGUUUGUAUCCUCCUUUUUGUAUGCCAGUGAAAAAACCCCGGGCACAAUGUGCCCUCUUAUUUAUGAAGAAGGUUCUAUUGGUAUCUUCCUACUGUUUUUCCUGAUGUGUCAACUGUAAAAAAGUGACAGUAAUGCAGUCAGUUUUAUUAAAUUUCAGUGCUUUGGA